GUGGACACGGGGCCACGAUGGCGUCUCCCGAGGACGAGUGCGCGUGUCUGCUAGCCAACAUCACCAUGUUCACCAAAAAGAAGAAACGCAUCGAGAUCUCGGCCCCCUCCAACUUCGAACACCGGGUCCACACGGGCUAUGACCAGCAGGAGCAGAAGUUCACGGGGCUGCCCAGGCAGUGGCAGGGCAUCAUCGAGGAGUCGGCCAAGCGGCCAAAGCCCCUGGUGGACCCCGUGUACAUUACGGCCGUCCAGCCCGGCUCUCAGAAGACCAUCGUGCGCGGAAACAAAGCUGCCAAGGACGGUUCCCUGGCCUGGCUGCUUGAUGAGUUUGAGAACAUGUCGGUGUCGCGCUCCAACUCGCUGCGCAGGGACAGCCCUCCGUUCCCGGCCCGGCACGACCACUUUUACCAGGAGAACGGCCUGGGGGAGGCGCUGGGCAGGCCCCGCCACCACCACCACCAGCACCACCACCAGCACCCUCCCCACACGGAGGAGGAUGGCGGGGGCAGCAAGGGCAGAGACCCCAAGGAGCGGAACCGCCACGGGCCCAAGAACGAUGUGGACAGCAGGACUGCUGCGCCGCACUCCCGCGGACACGAGCCUCACCACAAGCCUCACCAGCAGUCUGGCCAUCCCCGGCCUCCAGAGCACCCGAAGCCCUUGCUGGAGCAGGGUCACCGAGCGCCCGAGCGGGACAGGAAGAGGGAGCCCCCUGCCGAGCGUGUGGUCAAGAGGGAGCGGACGGAGGGGCCCGACAAGAGACCCAAGUCCACCUACACUGGCCAGCCCAGCCCGCAGUCCCCCCGGGAAAAGCGGCCCCUCUCUGGCCCCAAUAUCCGGACCCCGAAUAUCCCCAUCUCGGAGGGGGUGAUGAAGACCGCGCAGCAGACGGGGCGGCCUUUUAACACCUACCCCCGCGCCGACACCGACCUUGUCCGUGGCACUCAGGCCGAGCAUCGGGCCGGGAAAGCCCCAGAAGCCGCCUCCAACGGCCCCGCGAGUGGGAACAGCGGCCCCUCCAGGGCCCCUCCUUCCGGCCCGGCCAGAUCCCGCAACCUGGAGCCCUCCCCUCCGGGGCUCUCCCAGCACGCUUCAGAGCCCCACCUGACCCAGGUGCCCUCAGCGCCGGCCCCGCAGCCUCCGCAGCCCCCUCCCCAGCAGCCUCCGGCCCCCCAGCAGCCCUGCUCCCCCCAGCGGGAGCCCCAGAGGGUCUCCCACGAACAGUUCCGAGCGGCCUUGCAGAUGGUGGUCGACCCCGGGGACCCCCGGAGCUACUUGGACAACUUCAUCAAGAUCGGCGAGGGCUCCACGGGCAUCGUCUGCAUCGCCACCGUCAAGAGCUCCGGCAAGCUGGUCGCGGUCAAGAAGAUGGACCUGCGCAAGCAGCAGAGGCGGGAGCUGCUCUUCAACGAGGUGGUGAUCAUGAGGGACUACCAGCACGAGAACGUGGUGGAGAUGUACAACAGCUACCUGGUGGGCGAUGAGCUCUGGGUCGUGAUGGAGUUCCUGGAAGGGGGCGCUUUGACCGACAUUGUCACCCACACCAGGAUGAACGAGGAGCAGAUCGCCGCCGUCUGCCUCGCUGUGCUGAAGGCCCUUUCCGUGCUCCAUGCCCAGGGCGUCAUCCACCGGGACAUCAAGAGCGACUCCAUCCUGCUCACCCACGACGGGCGGGUUUCUCCUUCCUUGAAGGGCUUCCUGGACCGGCUGCUGGUCAGAGACCCGGCCCAAAGAGCCACGGCCAGCGAGCUCCUGAAGCACCCCUUCGUGGGCAAAGCCGGGGCCCCCUCCUGCAUCGUGCCCCUGAUGCGGCAGAACCGGAUGAGAUGAGCGAGCCGGAGCCGGACUCCUUCGUGAAGAGCGAAAGCGGGGGGGCGGGGGGGGAAGAGCCACCCCCCCCCACAAAGCAGAGGAGACCUGCGUGCAAAGGGGGGGGGCUUUGAGACCCCCCCACCACGCCCUGACUUCCUGGGGGGAGUUCAGCCAGCAGUCCGGAGCCUUCCUCCAGGACUCCUCCCGGUCAUCUGGUGACGUGGGCCCCCAAGUGGACUCUGGGACCCGUCUCCGGCAGAGCUGCUCUGCCUCACCAUAUUGUACUACUGAAUUGAGGGGGGGCCUUGUUUGGCUGUGGGGUGGGGUAAAAAGAGGCGGCAUCGUUUCCCUUGUCAGUCUCCUAAAUUCUGGGGGCAGCCGGGGUCUGGCGGGGGGGCAUUGCAGGAACCUCUUCUUCCCGCAGCGGAGCCCAGAGAA